AUGAACGUUUCGUUUCUUAUAAUUAAAUAAAAAAAUUUUAAUAAAAUUUAUUUAUGGAAAAUAUAAUAUGUUGAAACUAUAUGACGAUCGCAUGCAACGUUUAAACUGCGCCAAAAUUCGUAUUGUUACUCUCAGCCCAGCAAUUAUAUCACGUAAAUGUAGACAUAUGCGCAUUACGCGUAUUUAUAUUAACUAAUUUCCCAUUGAUCAUAACCCCGUAAAAUGAAUUGAUUGGAAAAUCAUUUCAUUUCGCAUUGCACGAAUAUGUGUAUGUGAAAGGGCAUUUCGUUCGGUUUAAUUAGACUCUGAAAACUGUGAAGGAGUAUGACGAAGGCCUUGUCUAAUUAAUUACAACAAUAAAUAUAUAAAGUGUGUGUGACAUGGUUAAUGAGAACACCGACAACACAUCAUCUUCAAAUAAUUGUUUCAAUUUUCAAUUUUCUUCAUCAAAUCAAAAUUUUCGAUCACUUUCAAAUUCUUUAAACACUCCGAAUGCGAUUAAUGCGGUCAAUACAACUAAACAAUUGGAUUUGUUAGUUGCCACUAAUGAGACUUUAAAUAAAAAGAAAUGUGAUUUGUUGUCCGUUAGCGCUGAUAACUUAAGUUGGAAAUUUUUCGAGCAGAUUGAUUCAUUAGAUACUCGAUUGAGGAAGGAAGAGUCAACAACUCCUCUAAUAAAUGAUGACCGGGUCUUACUGUCCUCUGGUUGCCGCGAUGAUAAUGAUGAUAAUGUAGUUGCAAAUGUGGACGAUUUCGAAGAUAUGCAGUCAAAGCAAUUUCAAAUACAAUCUCAUGGUCAUAAUUACAGUCAGAACGAUAAACGACCUCAUUUACGGCAGCAACGACACCAAUUACAAAAAGAGAUGAUUUAAAUAUUGUUACACAACCACAACAGCCAUCAUUUGUAUUUACUACACCCACCUCAACUUUCAAGCGUAAAAAGCAACAACAAUUAUUAAAAGAAGAACAAAAAUUGCAUAAGCCGUGUACGACGACGAC